AUGGCUGAAUCAAAGGAAGUCGCGCAGAAAAGCGACGUAAGUGCAAAACUUGAGCAAAAACUGUGAGCAAGUGAGUAAAACCACGUUUUGCAGGUGUAUGUGAUGCCGAAGGAAGAAUUUUGGAACGAUAUCAAGGACUCUUAUUGCCAAAAGUUGGCAAAUAGUGACCCGAGUGAUGUUUAUCCAAGCAACAAUCCAGGUUAGAUUUCAUACAUUCUAUAUCAAAUAUCAUCGAAAAUCGUCGGCAGUCACUCUCAGUCGACUACACAUUUCUUCACAAAAAAAAACACCGAUUUUUAGGCCCGGAGUUGCCCGAUGGAUCGGUCAAUUUCGAAUGCCACUGUGUCGGGCACCUUGUCGCCAGCCCGUGCGGAUACGAAUUCAGGUGAGAAUUUCAAAGUUCAAUGUCUCAAAAAGCGUAUCGCAUUCAGAGAGGCAAUAACGUGCCAAAAAGCGUCAAGCGAAAAGGAAAUGGAGAGCGGCGCGUGUGGAGAACAAUUGAUGGCGUUCAUGGAGUGCGCGAUGAGGACUCAGUGCUUCAAAAGUGAGUUCAGCUAACUAAACUUCACUUAUGUUUGUGGAGCACGAGUGAAAAGUGAAACCAGAUAGAAUUGUGUCGCAUUGUGACACAAAUGACAAAACGCUGAAGAGAUCUGAAUGCGAAACGUGGGAAAAUGUUCUUGAUCAGAGAAAUCUGAACAGAAAUUCUGCACGUACACCAAAUAAGAAAUAGAUGUAUUCGGAGCGUGAGAUUCAUUAGCAAUGAAAUGUGCUCUUCUGAUCUCAGCAUUUUGCAGAGAAUAUGAGAAUUAAUGUUUUCAGCAAACGACUCGAACGACGACAAAUCAGCUGGCAAGUAAAUGGAUGCACCAUAACAACGUUCGAUAGGAAAUUAGUUCCUAGCACCUCAUUAUAUUUAUUGUUCGUUUCUGUCUUCUACUAUUUCGUUUUGACCGUAUCACACGGGUUGUAGUAAACUGUUGUUAUCUUUUUAUCGCCCAUUCUCUCUCGGUUCAAGGUCCGAAUACGUUACUUACUACUUCCUCUUGUACCGCGUAUAUGGUUUAUCGAUUCAGAUCCAAAGUCCAGAUGAUGCAAGUGCCGGACCAUCUGUCCGUCACCGGCGCUGACCUUAUGCAGAUAGACCCACUCAACAAACUGGUCGGUCGUCGGUUUUGAAUAAUUUCUUACAAAUCUCUAGUUUUCAGAUGAACAAAUUCGAGGCGACACGUAAUGCUUUGAUGGAGAAGAUGAGUGUUCCCGAACACAUUACAGUAAACGGGACGAACGCUUCGCUGAUCUUUCCAUUAGACCGUCGUGUUCACAGGUCGCCCGUGAGUAUCGACUUUUCGAGAAAAUAUGUAGCUAUGGUUCUUUUUGAUUGUAGUCGCUCAUGAUGGAAGUGCCGAAUCAUUUGAACGUGUUCGAUUUGUCGGACGAUGUAAUUCAACGCAACAAUAAUCAAAAAAUGGUAAGAGAUCUCAAUCCGUGUAAAUGGUGCCGGGUCGAUGGAAAAUUUACCUAGGCUCAAAAAUCUUUUUUUUUUUUGAAAAUUUAGUACUAAAACCCGGGCCGGGCCGCGACAAUCUGUAAAAAGUAUUGUUUGCAGUCUGUUCCAUCAUCACUGGAGUCCUCAAAUGUUCAGAAUCCGUAUGAAGAAGUGAAGAUGAUGCAGAAAAGGAUAGGUGAGAUUGAUUUCCUUGUGACGUGGCUUGAAUUCAUUUUCAGUUGUACUGAUGGCUCGACUUGGAGUACUGGAGAAUCAAGUGGUAGUGCAAAAGCGACGUGAGAAAGGACUUCUUUUGGCACUCAUCGGAGCUGUUAUCACCAUGGCAUACUCGUACUUCCGCCGUUGA